GGCCGCAGUGCGGGCCGGGGCCGCGGCGAUGCUGGAGGAGGCGGGCGAGGUGCUGGAGUCGGUGCUCAAGGCCUCAUGCCUCCCGAUCAGCGUCUUGCUCUUCGUGCCCGCCGUGCUCCUGCUGCUGGGGCCGCCGCCUGCCGCCGAGGCCGCGCACGAGUUCACGGUCUACCGCAUGCAGCAGUAUGAGCUGGGCGGGCAGCCCUACGGCACCAGGAGCGCCGUGCUCAACACGGAGGCGCGCACCGUGGAGGCGGACGUGCUGAGCCGCCGCUGCGUCAUGAUGAGGCUGGUGGACUUCUCCUACGAGCAGUACCAGAAGGCUCUGCGCCAGUCAGCUGGGGCUGUGGUCAUCAUCCUGCCAAAAUCCAUCUCCUCUGUCCCCCAGGAUGUGGUGAGGCAAUUCAUGGAGAUAGAGCCAGAAAUGCUUGCUAUGGAAACCAUUGUGCCAGUCUACUUUGCAGUGGAGGAUGAGGAGCUGCUGUCUAUCUAUGAACAAACACGAGCUGCUUCUGCAUCACAGGGUUCUGCCUCAGCUGCAGAAGUUCUGCUGCACACAGCAACUGCCAAUGGCUUCCAGAUGGUGACCAGUGGGGCUCAAAGCAAAGCUAUCAAUGACUGGCUCAUCCCCAGUGUGGAGGGAAGGCUGACAGGGCUGGGUGGAGAAGACCUGCCCACUGUUGUGAUAGUUGCCCACUAUGAUUCCUUUGGAGUGGCUCCAUGGCUGUCCCACGGGGCUGACUCCAAUGGCAGUGGGAUCUCAGUGCUGCUGGAACUGGCCAGGCUGUUCUCUCGGCUCUACACCUACAGGAGGACCCAUGCUGGGUAUAACUUGCUGUUCUUUGCAUCUGGAGGUGGCAAGUUUAAUUAUCAAGGAACUAAGAGGUGGCUGGAGGAUAAUUUGGACCACACUGAUUCCAGCCUGCUGCAGGACAAUGUAGCAUUUGUGCUCUGCCUUGACACCCUGGGCAGAGGCAAUAGCCUUCAUCUUCAUGUCUCAAAGCCUCCCAAGGAGGGCACCUUGCAGCAUGCAUUUCUGAGAGAACUGGAGAUGGUUGUUGCCAACCAGUUCCCAGAGGUGAAGUUCUCCAUGGUGCACAAGAAGAUCAACCUGGCAGAGGACAUGCUGGCGUGGGAGCACGAGCGCUUCGCCAUCCGGCGCCUGCCCGCGUUCACCAUCUCCCACCUGGAGAGCCACAGGGACAGCCUGCGCAACAGCAUCAUGGACAGGAGGGCACGAAUAGACACUAAAGCACUGACCAGGAAUACUCAGAUCAUUGCUGAGGCUUUGACAAGGGUCAUCUACAAUCUAACAGAAAAGGGAGCACCUGCAGAUAUGCAGAUCUUCACAGAUCAGAUGGAAAUCCAGCAGGAGCAGCUGGAAUCAGUGAUGGACUGGCUGAGCAGCCAGCCCAGGGCUGCCCAGCUGAUUGAUAAGGACAGCACCUUCCUCAACACCUUAGAAUAUUACAUGGGACGUUACCUGAAGGAUGUCAAGCAGCACCAUGUGAAGGCAGACAAACGGGACCCUGAGUUUGUUUUCUAUGACCAGCUGAAGCAGGUGAUGAAUGCAUACAGGGUCAAGCCAGCAAUCUUUGACCUGCUCCUGGCUGUCUGCAUUGCAGCCUACCUUGGUGUUGCCUAUGUUGCAGUCCAGCACUUUGGUCUCCUUUACAAGUUGAUACAGAGAUUAUCCCUUAAAACCAAGCAGCAGUGAAGCACCAAGUCCCCCACCCAGCAGCACUGAGCCAUCGGUGAGCCCAUUGGGAACCUUCUGCCUUCCACUGAGCCCUGCUGCUCCUUUCCCUUUGUCUCCUCUUUGCUACUGUACAGAGGGGAGGAAGGCAUAAAGAAAAUGAAAUUUUAACUCCUGUGCACCUCUGAAGUGCUUUUCUUCACCUUCUUCCCCUGACUUGCACCAUGUCUGGUUUUUCCUUUGCGUUUUGGUGAGGGAGAGGCUGAGAGACUUCAGCAAUUCCUGCAGUUUUGAUUUUUGAGCAGCUUCUCUUGAGUGUCACCCAAAGUCCAGCACCUUCAUGGACACUGUCACACAGCCAACCUGGAAACUGAAACUACAGCAUCUCUGCCCAGCAAACAAGGACUUGGAGCAGUUUUUAAAAAGAAAAAAAAAAACAAACCCAAAAAGUGCACAUGCAAAUUAAAGAGAAUGCAAUUAGCAUGUUUCCUUAUGGCACCUCUUCCUUGAGUUCACUGCCUGGCUUCAGGGAGUUGUGCUGAGCAAGCAGUGUCUGCAGCAAGCACCUUCUUGCAUUUUAUUCAAACUCUGCCCCUUUUAGGGGGAUCUUGAGUGUUUUUACAGGAUGAGGAAAGAUUUAAGAUGGGUUUCUGGCAUCAGGGUUCUGCCAGGAACAGGUUCUGUCCUGUCUCUCUUGCAGGAUGCAUUUUGCUGCGUAUAUGAUUUCUCUGGAGGUUUUUGCUCCUUGAACAGUUCACAGCUGUCACCACUCUGUGCUAAACUCUUGCUUGAUUUUUGUGGGGUGUUCCCUUCUCCAGCUGCUGCAGGAUCAUGUUCUGUGCUGCUCCAUGUACUUACACAAGCUGGUUUUGUUGAUAACAAGAGAAGAGCAGCUCAGACAUGGAAAUUUUAUUGAAAUAUUACAAGCCCUAAGCUAGUUGUAGAUCUAGAAGAUAACCCUGAGCACUGUCCUGCCACCCAGCAAGUUUUGAGUCCUUUUCUGUAACCUCUUCUGUGUACCUGAGGUCUCUUCACAUGCCACAGUGACAUUUUUUUAUAAAUUUAAGCUACUACUUGUAAUUAAAGCAGCAUAUCUUAGGCUGAAAAGCUAUUUUUGAAUUGAGGUGGACCUUUUUUCUUUGGAAUGCAAGGAAAAUUCCAGCUGUGGAUUCCUGUCUGCUGGUUAAAAAAGGGAUUGUUGUGGCCACUGUCCUUUGGAUGGGCACCAAAGCCAUGAUUUCCAUCUUCCUUUGUUUAUUUUAAUCUCCUUCUUGGAGUAUUCUUAUCCCAUGAUUUGUCUUUUUUGCUACUUUAAAUAUGUAGCAAUUUGUUCUUUAAAGGAUCUUGUGUUUUCCAGGAAAGGCUGCUGGUGUCAGUGGCUCACCAUGGUGCCAGCAUGGUGCCAAGCACUCCAGAACCAUCAGCCACCCAGGGAAAUCUGCCUUUUCCUCAUCUUCUGAGUGCUCAUCUGAAAUGUGUCUCUCUGCCUUUUCCUCAUCUUCUGAGUGCUCAUCUGAAAUGUGUCUCUCUGCAUGCCUGAGGUGCUCGUGGCAUUCCUCUGCCAAAUGAAUUUAUAAUGACUUCAGAAGUUGCUGGAGUGGCUGCAAGGCAAGCCUUGAUUGUUUUCCACUGGUUUUUAUGCUCUGCCCAUAGAGACUGCAUCUGCUGUGCCCUGGGGAGCUGCAGGCCCUGGGCUGGGUGGGUUUAGAACACACAUGGUGCAGUGAAGAACUCUGUAGGUUCUGAAUAUUUGAGAGUAGUUUGAGUCCUCCGGCUGCAGCAUCAAUUUCUGGUGUGUUACACUGAAGGAGGUGCUGUUCCCUCCAGUCUAGCAGAUUAUUUCACUAGUCUCAAUGAUUACUUUGCUGAGAAAAAUAGAAAAUUAAUAUCAGCAAUGCUGCUGCAGCUUGAGUUGAUGUGUGUAAAAUUUGGCAUUAAUGGGCAAGAGUGAACAGAACAGACCUGGAGCUUGUUCCUUGCUGUGGAAGCUGCCAGCCUUCAGUCUUCCAGGUGAGAAACUCAAAGUUCACAGUGAAAAACUUCCACCCAGUGUGUUUAGCACAAAGAAAACACUUUUAGCUCUGUGUGGUGUCAGCAGUGAACUGUUAACACUCCUGAUGCAGUGCCAGAACCCAGUGGAAACAACCUAAAAACAAAAUAAUGAGGAGAGUUCAUAAACCUGAGGGGCAGUUGGGAUGGUUCAUUGCUCUCUCCCACACAAUAUUAGUUUGUCCUGCAAUCCUUUUCUAUCUCUCUCCCUGGCUGCCAUAAAAAGUAGUUUUUACAACAGAUCAAAGAGUUUUUGCUUUUGAUCCAAGUACAUGUGCACUGAAACAUAAAUGCUCAAAUCUGAGAUAGUCAAAUCCCAACUUCCUUAUAGCUGGAGCAGAGUGCCCAUCCUGGGACUGAAUUUAAAUCCCAAUUUCCUCAUGGCUGGAGCAGAGUGCCCAUCCUGGGAUUGAGUUUAAAUCCCAAUUUCCUCAUAGCUGGAGCAGUGUGCCCAUCCUGGAAUUAAAUUUAGUUCCCACAUUUUUGUUUCCUUGGUAAGUCAAGAGAGAAGCUUGCAAGGAGCUCCUGGAGCUGAUCUGCACUGCAGCAUAACUGAUCAAUUCAGUCACCAACACAAAGGCAGAAAUCCAACAGGUGUUGUGAUAAAAUAAAAGUUCUCCACGACAUUGCAGAAGAGCUCUGUGUAGCUGAUUCUUGUUGCCCUUAUUUUUACAUAUCCUUUUUUGUUGAGGAGUUUGCCUGGCCUGUAAGGCAGAGCAUGGAAAGGAUUUUAUCCACAUCCACACACAAGUGGCUGGCAGUUGCUAUUCCUAGCCAGAAAUCCAUUUUCUUUGCUAUUUAUCUGACUUCACCUGUUGUCCUGCUGCUGUCAGAGUCUGCAGCUCACAAAAAAAAAUUUGGUUUUCCAGCAGGUUUUAACUGAAGCUGUUAAUUCCUUUUGUCCACUUCCACCUGCAUGGGCACUAUUGGGAAUUGUUUGGGAGUAAUUUGGAUUAUUGUAGUUCAUCUCCCACAUGAGAGGGGUUGGUUUAUUGUUGGGAGAGAAGUAAUGCUGUGCAAUAUGAACUCCACUCCUCUACUCAGUGCAGAGAAAAUCCUGAAGCCAGAAUGGAAUUAGGUCUCACUGUCUGUGGCUGGAAGUCUCCACAAUCUAUUCAGACAUUCAAAACCACAGCUAUACCCAAAAUUGCUGUGGGGCUUGGUUUUGAGGGUGUUUUGUUUGUUUUAAAUCUCAUGCUCUUACAUUGUUCAUGGCCCAAGCUCAAAUCCCAGGCUGCUCCUUAAACCCCAUGUUUAAAUUGGGUUUUACAUUUUAUUUGGUCUUGACUCACCAAUCUGAAAUGCUGGGGCUGCUCCUGGAUGUCUCAGAAAAUUGGGCAGAAUUUUUGAGUGUAGACUCCUGCUUGCUCACUUUAAUCUGUUUAGUUUCUAUUUGUAGUUACUGCAUAGCAACUCCAAGGUUAUAUUCUGGAUUAUUUGCAGCUCAGGAAAAUGAUUUGAUUUAUCUAGCAAUGUUAACUCAAUUAUUUAUCUCUUGUGUGCCCUGAAGAACAAAUGUAUAUUGAGGUGAAUAUUUAAAAGCUAAUAGAAAAUUCAAUGCAGUUGAUUUACAUAUUUUAGGACUGUAAAUGUAAUAAUAUUUAAGUAUUUUAACUUUGGGGUUUUUUUUUUAUUUGUUUGUCCCUUUUUCCCUUGGAAAAUAAACCAAGUGAAUAGGAUUGAUGGAUAGAUUUGUCAGAGAACUAUUUGCUCACAAAAAUGGAAUUUCCUUGCAUUAUUUGGAGGAAUAGACACCUCUACAAAACGGGAGAAAAUCUAUGUAUUUAAAAGCUUCAUCCUGUCUAGUCAAAAUAGUAUGACAGAAAACAUUUACACACUCCAAGCAUGAUUCCAGCACCUUGAGGUGAGCAAAUUCCUGUUUAUUCCGAAGGUUUGUGCUCAUGUGAAGCAAUUAAAGAUUCUAUGCAAAACA